GAGGAAUAUUUUCUUGAAUUGGACUAGUUCGUUUUCAUCUUCUUCUUUCUCUCCUUUAUAUAUCCAUCCAAUAGACCUAUUCACAAUGGUUAAAGUAUUCAAAACAAUAAUUGGCUCUAUCUUUUCCGCACUUGCAUACUGUUUCUUUCACCAUAAAAUCAGCAGUAAAGAGGCGAAUCACAACUACCAGUACAUGGCUAAGGGUCGACCACUUUCGUUGCAGACAGUGGACCUCAAAGUUAGGAUGUGCUGCACUGGCUGCGAGAGAGUUGUCAAAGAAGCCAUUCAAAAACUUAGAGGUGUAGACUCGAUAGAGGUAGACCUCGAGAUGGAGAAAGUAACAGUAAUUGGAUAUGUUGAUCCAAAAAAGGUGCUCAAAGCAGUGAGGAGGGCAGGCAAGAGGGCUGAAUUCUGGCCUUAUCCCAAUCCACCUUUGUAUUUUACUUCGACGGACAACUAUUUCAGAGACAUGACCUCUGAGUACAAACGAAGCUAUAACUAUUGGAGACAUGGCUACAGUGCCGGUGAUAAGCACGGAACUCUCCCAAUGGGUCAUCGGGGAGAUGACAAGAUCAGCAACAUGUUCAGUGACGACAAUGUUUAUGCGUGCUAUGUCAUGUAAAAUAGUGUUACUUUUUUAUAUGUAAAUAUGCGUGGUUAGUCAAAUGUUAGCGGUUUGGGGGAGUUAAUAAGCUUGUGGCUUACAUGUAGUGAUAUAUGGCUACUUCGAUGUACAUAUUUGGUUCGGUAGUUACCAUAACCAUAUGGUAGGCCAUAUUUAAGCACUUCAUAAAAAUGUAUCUUGACCGACGUAUGUGUAAAAUCUAUUUAAGUUUGAGAAUAAUUGUUUUUAGA